AUGGAUUUUGAGAAGUUAGGCUUUGGUGACCAAUUUGUUUUGCCGUUUGCCGAUCCAAUUCAACCAAAUGCCUUGAUUAGCAAAAUCCGUAGAAUUUUAUCCGAAGAAAAUGAGAACCCAGACAUAAUAGGUUUGGAUUGCAGAACUGGAAGCUCAGUGUGCGACUCUCCAUCUCUAAUGUGUUCACUGCAAGUACAAUCACAUCCACUUUUCAACCUAUCUGAAAUAUUCUCAAAAUGUACAUCUUCACUGCCAUGUUUCUCAACUCCAACCCCUGUUUUUUACAAGCUAAAAGCCAGGGCCUUGUCGUCGUCUCUCCAAGAGUUUCCCCCCAACGCCCUUCGUCGUAAGGCCAAUCCCCAAUGGAGAGGAGGGUUCAGUCUAGGCGUGGAUUUGGGUUUGUCCCGCACAGGCCUUGCCCUUAGCAAAGGUUUCUCUGUUCGUCCCCUCACGGUUUUCAAAUUGAGAGGACAAAAACUUGAGCUACAGUUGCUUGACAUGGCUGAAAGAGAGGAGGCUGAUGAAUUUAUAAUCGGGCUUCCUAAAUCUUGGGAUGGAAAAGAGACUCCCCAGUCCAACAAAGUUCGUAGUAUUGCCGGAAGGCUAGCCGUUCGAGCUGCGGCGAAGGGUUGGAGAGUUUAUCUACAGGAUGAACAUGGGACAUCAUCAGAAGCUGGAUACAGGAUGAUUAACUUGGGUCUCGACAACUCUGCUCGCCAAAAAAGCUCUGAUGCUUAUGCUGCUGUGAUAUUACUAGAGAGAUAUUUUGCCAUGUCGGGCAAGGAUGUCGAAAUUGUUUUGCCGAAACGGAUAGAUUUGCAAGAAAAACUUAGAAGAGGGGCUCCAUGGGACAUUGAUUUUUCACCAGAAUAAUUUGUUGAGUGACACCUUGACGGGUACCGAAAGAAACCCUUAUUUUCUGCUGUAUUGAUUCUAGUGUUUUAUGUAGAGUUGAGAAAAU